CACUAUGUCAGGUUUUUAACCUGUUGAGCCACAAUGGGAACUCCCUUACAAGAGGUCUUAAAAUGCAAAACCUACCAACAUAUAGGAAAAAGUCCAAUCUUUUACCAGAGCAAAAGGAACAUGGAAAAAAAUCCAGAGUACAUGAUGAAAUGGAACAAAGAGACAUCUGACUGUGUCACAGAAGCAAAGGAGAAAGUUCACAGCCAGCCACUCUGGCGGCAUUGACACUCUAAGCACCCUGCUUAGAGGGGCUCAGGUGACUGGAGGGCAGGGGGGGCACUCAGCUUCAGCUAACCAGUCCUCUGCAUGCUGUAUUCUGCAAGAUGUGCAAGUUUCACUUUUUGUUCUACUUUAAAGGCUUACAUGUAAAUUGGAAAAUAUUUAAAGCACCUCAAGGACAGGAGCUAUGGAACUACAAUGCAUCACUUUGCCUAUAAACCUCUGCUCAGCAUGACCUUGCCUCAAAUAUUUUUCCAAACUUUUCUGGAACCAAACAAAGGAAGGCUGGGGAAACAACCUGCAACUCAGGAUAUUCACACUCACGAGUCUAAUGAGUGAAAACUGUUGCCAAAAAUACGCCACCACUAAUGAGGGGCUCCUGCACCUGCUCUCAGCCCCAACGCUUCCUGCUGGGACAACACAGCGGAUAUAAAAGGCCUGGCAUCACAGAGCACCUCACACACACUCACACAUACUCACACACACUCACACCUCCUCCAGCCCCACCGCCUCCACCAUGGCCGCCUCCACCCUGUCCGGCUGCUCCAGCGACCUGAGCUAUGGCAGCCACGUCUGCCUGCCCGGUCCCUGUCACCCCUGCACCGGCUCCUCCUGGCAGUGGGAUGACUGUCCAGAGAGCUACUGUGAGGCCCCCUGCUGCACCCCCACGCCCCGCCUGGCCCUCGUCUGCACCCCAGCGAGCUGUGAGCCCAGCCCCUGCCUGUCAGGCUGCACCAGCUCCUGCACCUCCUCCCCCUGCCAGCCGGCCUGCUGUGUGCCCAUCUGCUGCAGGCCCGUCUGCUGCAGGCCUGUCUGUUGCACACCCGUGUGCUGCACACCUGUGUGCUGUGAGGCCUCCCCCUGCUCAGACUCCUGCUGCCAGCAGUCGAGCUGCCAGUCGUCCUGCUGCACCUCCUCCCCCUGCCAACAGGCCUGCUGUGUGCCCGUCUGCUGCAGGCCCGUCUGUUGCACACCUGUGUGCUGCACACCCGUGUGCUGCGAGGCCUCCCCCUGCUCGGCCACCUCGUGCUGCCAGCCCUGCCCCUGCCCCUGCCCCUCAUCCUGCUGCAGACCCUCGUCCUCUGUGUCCCUCCUCUGCCGGCCCGUGUGCCGCCCCGCCUGCUGCGUGCCCGUCUCCUCCUGUGGGGCCCCCGCCUCCUGCUGCCAGCCCAGCUGCUGCCGCCCGGCCUCCUGCGUGUCCCUGCUCUGCCGCCCCACAUGCUCCCGCCCCGCCUGCUGCGUGCCCGCCUCGGCCUGUGAGUCCUGCUGCUGACCAGGCCCGUCCCCCCAGGGCCAGCCAGGCUCAGGUACCUCAGCAGAAGAGCUGAGCUCAGAGACACCAGCCUUUAGUGUCCUCCAAGAGUUUAACCUCACAAAGGACACCCACAGGCCAUCUCCUUUUGUCACCAGGAAGGUCUCAAGGGUCUUCUCAGCAGUUGCUGCCAUGGCCAUCCCAGAACCUAAGCUCAGGCCUGAGUCAUCACAGCAGGUCGUCCCUCUGGGCUUUGCCCCUCGUCCGGCUCCAGCCCUUCUCCCAUCACCCUCCUGGCCUGAUUAACGCGCCCUCUUGACUGCACCUGCUUCUUCGAACGUCAUCCCUCCUGAUCUGAGCGGGGUCCUGGCCGCCUCAGGGGAGGGUGCAUACGAUGACCUCCAGGACUCAGACAGCACCUCCCACGGCCUUCCGUGGGGAGAGAACCAGGAAGACCCGGAGUCUGGGCCUGGCAGGACCCUCCAGCCUGUGCCCUGGGCCAUAUCCCUCCCUCCCCUCUGGGUAGCCAUGGUCUGCCCUCCCUGGUAGGGCCUGGGGGAGUUUAGCAGCAUUUCCUCAGCUCCUAGGUGCUGCCUACCAAAGGUGGCCAGCAGAAGAACAGCACAAAGAUCCCCCAGAAGAAUCCUUACCUUCCCAGGACCCCACCUGCUACCCUUCCAUCAACCACAGCAUCCUCAUCAGGCUGCUCCCAGCAGUGGGCCAGGCCCAGCAGGGAGACCACAGCAGAGCCACUCCUGCUGGAUGCAGGCUUCAUGCUCGGGGACCCCAUCCACCUGCCUGAGGCAUUCUCAGAGCUGCGUGGUGGCCCAGGGGCUAACCCCCCCUUCCCCAUGACCCUCCCCACAGCAGCUCACAGAGUCUGGUCAGCCUUGCCACGUUAAGGCUCUUCCCCAUGCCCACACCCCUCUUACUCGUUCUUGAGCCCCCACAAUAAAUCCCUAGCACAUCUA